ACCAUCACCAUGUAUUUCCAGCAGUCCUGGAGAGACAAGCGCCUCUCCUACACAGGCAUUCCGCUCAACCUCACCUUGGACAACCGGGUGGCAGACCAGCUGUGGGUCCCUGACACCUACUUCAUUAAUGACAAGAAGUCUUUUGUCCAUGGGGUGACAGUAAAGAACCGGAUGAUCAGACUGCACCCUGAUGGAACAGUACUCUAUGGGCUUAGGAUCACCACUACAGCUGCCUGCAUGAUGGACCUACGCAGAUACCCACUGGAUGAACAGAACUGCACCUUGGAAAUUGAGAGCUAUGGAUACACCACUGAUGACAUUGAGUUCUACUGGCAGGGAGGGAGCAACGGAGGCUCAGUCACUGGGGUGGAGAACAUUGAACUGCCCCAAUUCUCCAUCAUAGACUACCAAACUCUCUCCAAGAAAGCUGUUUUUGCCACAGGCUCUUAUCCACGUCUCUCCCUGAGCUUCAAGCUGAAGAGGAACAUUGGUUAUUUCAUCCUGCAAACCUAUAUGCCUUCCACCCUGAUCACCAUCCUUUCCUGGGUCUCCUUCUGGAUAAACUAUGAUGCCUCGGCUGCCAGAGUGGCCUUAGGUAUAACUACCGUGCUGACCAUGACCACCAUCAAUACUCACCUUAGAGAGACACUACCCAAGAUCCCGUAUGUCAAGGCCAUUGACAUUUACCUCAUGGGUUGCUUUGUCUUUGUCUUUCUGGCCUUGCUGGAGUAUGCCUUUGUCAACUACAUCUUUUUUGGUCGUGGUCCUCACCUGCAGAAGAAGGUGGCAGAAAAGGCUGCCAAGUCCAACAAUGAAAAGGGCAGACUGGAGAGCAACAAAGUACAGGUUGAUGCUCAUGGCAACAUCCUUCUGACCAACCUAACCAGUGAGAUGGCUGGAGCAGAUAUGAUGGGCACUCUCAAUGACCCUCGGGCUACAAUGUUCUCUUAUGACAGCGCCAGCAUACAGUACCGCAAGCCCAUGACGAGCCGAGACCUGUAUGGACGACCAGCAAUUGACCGGCCAAUGGGUCAUAAAAAAGGUCGCUUGAGGAGGAGGGCCUCACAGCUCAAAGUCAAGAUCCCUGACCUCACAGAUGUCAAUGCCAUAGACAAGUGGUCCCGCGUUGUCUUUCCAAUUACAUUCACUUUCUUUAACUUGGUCUAUUGGCUUUACUAUGUCCACUAA